ACGUCACAGUGGGGGCAUGUGCUUCGCAGAGCAAGUUUCUGUGCAUGUACAGAUUUCAUUGGCCCAGAGGUUCCUCAUUGGAGGUGGGCGUUGUCUCUAUUCCCGUCCUUUCCACGUCAGUGACAGAGAGCAUCGACUUCUGUGCGUAUAUGAUGUAUCCUCCUCUGUCUCCCACCAAACCUCAAUCCAUGGAGCAGAAGCAUGCAAAUGAGCGCCUUCAAUGGGCUAUUAUCGAGCAAGAAGAAGAACAAGUUCAGGAGGAGGUUGCCUUGGAAGGAAGGCAGGCCCGGAAGCAACUUCAGGACAACGUUGUUUCCACUGUGACACUAUCAUCUUCUUCUUCUCACACUCCCAAUGGAGGUACCAGGCAUGCUGAUAACGUUUCCUCAGUCGAUCUUGAGCCGGAGGAACUUCUUAUCCAGAAAGACGAACAGGUUGCGGAGAUGGGUGAGAUUAGAGAUGAUAACAAUCAUUGUCACGAGGAAAAAGCUGAUAACGCAGCAGUUGGACUUGGGCUUGUAGCAGAAUUUUCAGGAGCAUCAUCUAACGGAGAGUCUAUAAUUACUAAUAAUGCUGCUGCAUCUGAGUAUGAGAAUAGCGUUUACUUUGACAAGCAAGACGGAAAAUGGAAAUGUCACCACUGCACCUGGACCAAGCAAUUUGACAGUCCAUGGACUAUGCCCAUUUGGGAUCUUAAGCAAAACUCUGACUUGCUGAUGAAUUUCAAAACCAUGAUCCAACAUGGACCAUGUUUUGUUUGUGAAACUAAAGGCAGUGAAGCCAAUAAUGCAUCUCAUGAGGUUCAAAAUGGAGAUGGUGCAAGGUCUGCUCUUCCCACAUAUAAUGGUGUAGGAGAAUUCCAUACAGAACUGGCAAAUCCAAGCAUUCAAAGCAGUGCAUGCAAUGGAGUCAACAAUCGGGAUAUGAAAACUACGGAGGACAAAGGCCCUUUUAAUUCAAAAUCAUCGCCUUUGCACGAUUCGUCUGAAAUAAAAACUACUGAUGCUAAGGGUGAUGAUGGUGAAACUAGUACAAAAGCAGACCCAGAAUUGAUAGAAGAAAUUGACCAACAACUGAAGGAACUUGAUGUUGAGGCUGUAUUGGCGAAACAAGAGACACAUGAUUUGUUCUGUCCUAAUUGCAAUUCUUGCAUCACCAAGAGGAUUAUUCUCAGAAAAAGAAAAAGGAGCAUUCGCAACUUGGACGACAAAUCAAAGCGUGAUAAGUUGGACACUCUAGUUAGCUCUGAGAGGGUGGAUAGUUCAGCAGAUGAAACAAACCAAGGUGAUCGUGCAAAUUCAACUUCUGAUGCUGGUCAUUUAGAGCAGCAGCCACAUCUUGAUAACGAUCCUGUGCAAGAACAAGAAGUAUUUAGAUGCCUAGAAUGCUUCAGCAUUUUUAUUCCUAGAGGAAAUUGUUUCAAUCUGUUCUCGAAUUCCAUCGGUGCUCGUGAGCAUGAAACUUCACAAAUAACUUCAACUAUACCUGCAUCCGACGUGAAGGGUUCUUCAAAUAUAACCAUAUCACAAGUGCAAAACUCUUCAAGUGUUGCAGAUUCUAGUAGAAACUGGUUCUUCUCUCUAUUUACUUCAAAUAAAGGGAAAACGUCCAAUGACCAAGGUGAAGUUUCCUCUAAAAAUUCUAAAGCUGGUCCUGCUGAACAGAAGCAUUCAUCAUCAAUUGCUUCCAGAGCAAUAAACUCCCCUGAAAAUGGUCAUCUAGACAGCGCUGUUACUGGUACAAGUUCUAUUUAUAAUGGAAGAAGAGCUGUGCCUGAUGUUAAGCCUGGGCAUGGACGACUGAAUGGAAAUCUGGUGACCAAUAUGGGGGAGGAAAAGAAUGGUUCAGCAGAUAUAAAGAAGACAGAUCACUCCGAAGCAAAUAUUGUACCAAAUUUGCCCUCAGAAAACUUUUCCGGCGAUAUAAAACCCAACCAAGAGAGGGGUCUUUCAGCAAUUGCAACUACCAGCGAGGCACUUGCAAAUUCUGGAGAACCUGCAGAAGAUGCCACACUGAAACCUGGUGAGGAGGCACCUGAUUUUCUGGUUCAGUCAAAUGUAGGUUCUAGAGUGCCUGAGAAGUUACUGAAGGACAUAAACAAGACACCUGAAAAUUUUCAGAAUGGUUAUUCCUCAUUGAUAAUGCAAGCACAGGUUGCAGAUGAUGCAGCUACUGGCAUGCUAAGUUCUGGAGUAAAUGCUAAAAUUUCGUCUGGGGAGGACUUUAUACUGAAAAAGGAGGUGGCGAAGAAUACUGAAGGCGAAACAAAAGCUGCAGUCAGUGGUGACAAUACAGGGGGUGAUGUAAUAGUUGAUGUUGAGGAGGACAAAAUUGAAUCGAGUGCCUCUCAGAUAGGAGAUACUGAUCCAAUUAAUGGUGUUAUUUUGAGAGACACGCCUACUCAAGCUUAUGUUGAUAAACAAUCAAGAGCUGAAAUUGGUGAAACUCGUGGAUGGGAAAUACUUAAAAGUAUUGUCUAUGGAGGUUUAAUCGAAUCAAUCACAAGUCUGGGAAUUUUGUCAUCUGCAGUUGGUUCUGGUGCUGCCCCAUUAAACAUCAUAGCAUUGGGAUUGGCAAAUCUGAUUGGUGGAUUAUUUGUCAUUGGCCAUAAUCUUCUUGAAUUAAAAAAUGAUAAAUCUGGAGAGGAUCUACAGCAAACAAACACCCAAGAAGACCGAUAUCAAGAACUACUAGGACGCCGGGAUAACUUUAUACUUCAUGCAGUUUUUGCUAUUUUAUCAUUCCUGAUAUUUGGGUCCAUUCCUAUUUUUAUAUAUGGAAUUUUGAUUCGUAAGAACUACCAGACUGAAUUUAAGCUUGCAGCAGUAGCAUCAACUUCUCUUCUAUGCAUCAUUCUCCUUGCUAUCGGGAAGGUUUACACCAGAAGACCACCCAAAUCCUAUUCCAAGACCCUAUUCUACUACGUCACUAUGUCACUUGCUGCCUCAGGGUUGUCUUUUAUAGUUGGUGGCCUAAUCAGGGACCUCUUAGAGAAGUUGAGUAACUCAGAGUCUGGUUUUGUCAUUACCAUGCCCCUUUUAGGCCAGGGGACAAUGGAUGCAGCCUGGAGAUCUUACUGAUGAUGCAAGAGAGAAUCUGCUAAAGGAGCUUCCUUUUUUUGUUUUGGAGUUACAUGUGGAUGUUCCGCAGGAGACUCCCUGAAAGUUCAAUUCAACCUUUUCAUUCAUGUCUUCUAAGAUUCAUCUGAACGUCUACAAAUUCUCGAGAAGAAAAGUCAAUAAAAUUUCUUGCUUUUUU